AUGAUGCAUCCAUCGCGGCGGGCUUACGUCGAAGAUGAGCCCAUGUCAGGAGUAUCUUUGAUGGAUAUCCCCGAGGAUCACAAUUAUGCGAUCCCAGAUGCUGGCGCUAGCGGUUCGGCAGAUAAGGCAGCUAUCAUCAACCAGCUCAAUCGAAAGCGCCUGGCAGCCACGAUGGCUGUGCCAACUGACGAUGGAAAAGUUAGAUCUAAGCUACGAGAAAUGGGAGAGCCUAUGACUCUGUUUGGAGAAGGCCCAGGCGACCGUAGAGACCGCUUGCGUGAGCUUAUGACAAUUCAAGCAGAGCUCGCGGGCCUAGAGAGCGGCGACAUUACUAUGGACGAUGCCGAAGAUGAAGGCGCAGAAGAAGAACAAGAAGAGGAAUUUUACACACCAGGUGGCCCUGGUCUAGUUGAAGCACGAGCCAAUAUCGCGAAAUACUCGAUACCGCGCGCAAAACGACGAACCGCAUUUCAGAAGGAGGAGGCCAAGAUUCCUCUUAGAACGCACAUCAAAUUUCGCAAGACAUUGAAAGAAAGAAUCGAAGAUAUUGAACUACAAGGCAGUCAAAUAGUAGGCGAACGAAACAUUAGUAUGACGAGGAUCUCACCCAACGGCGAGAUGGUGGCCGUGGGCAACUUGGGUGGACAAGUGAAGCUUGUUGCGAUCCCCAACCUCACAGAGAAGAUGACUUACCGUGGGCAUACAAAUAAAGUAAGUGGUAUGUCAUGGUUUCCUGGAGCAACACUGUCCGAGUCUGGUGUUUCCCCUGAUUCUCUGAAUCUUGCCACAGGCGGCGCAGAGGGACUCGUCAACCUGUGGUCUCUGAACCAGGAUACACCUUUGACGUCGCUACGCGGUCACUCACAACGUGUUUGCCGGGUUGAAUUCCAUCCCUCUGGCAAAUAUCUCGCAUCUGCCUCUGAUGAUACAUCGUGGAGGCUUUGGGAUGUCGAGACCACUACGGAAGUGCUUUUACAAGAAGGCCACUCACGCGGUGUCUAUGCAGUCAGUUUUAAUUCUGAUGGCUCAUUACUGGCCAGUGCCGGUCAAGAUAGUAUUGGAAGAAUCUGGGAUAUACGUUCAGGCAAAACGAUUAUGAUCUUGGAUGGAAAACAUGAUGGCCACAUCAAGCCCAUUUACGGCUUGGACUGGAGCUCCGACGGCCAUAGAGUAUUAACGGCGUCUGCGGAUGGAUGGGUCAAAUGCUGGGAUAUUCGGAAAGUUCAAAAAGUUGGUGGUGUUGGCGCCCAUAACAGUGCUGUUUCCGAUGUACGAUGGUUUAAGGGAAUCGAUGACCCGUUGGAUGGCAAUCCACCUGGCGUCGAUGAGAACGGCGCCCAGAUCCCCAAGAAAUCCGGCACAUUUUUCCUAACCAGCGGAUUCGACCAAAAAGUCAAGAUAUUUUCCGCCGAUAACUGGUCGUGGAUAAAGACACUCGACGGCCACACUGGCCCAGUUACGAGUGUCGACUACAGCCGUGAUGGUCGCUGGAUUGUUAGUGGUGGCAAUGAUCGUAGUGUUAAGCUCUGGGGCCGCAAUGAUGGUGAGCCGAUAUAA